ACAGAAGAGACGAUGGAGCCGAGCCGCGGCACUGUAUCAGAGCACAGACAAACUGGAGAAGACGGGGAUGAAGAGCUGCUUGCAACAGACGAAGGGGAUGCCCCGCCAGAGGAACCAAGUGGUCCAAAUCAAGAAGAUGGAGUGGCCACCGCACUAGAAGACAGUAAUACCAAGGAUGAAGGGCCAGAAGGUGUUCCUACAGCUGCCAUAGAGGAAGUGGCAGAAGGUGUUCCUACAGCUGUUGUGGAGGAAGGGGCAGAAGGUGCUCCUAUAGCUGCCAUGGAGGAAGGGGCAGAAGGUGUUCCUACAGCUGCUGUAGAGGAAGGGGCAGAAGGUGUUCCUACAGCUGCUGUAGAGGAAGGGGCAGAAGGUGUUCCUACAGCUGCUGUGGUAGAAACAGCAGAAGGUGUUCCUACAGCUGCUGUAGAGGAAGCAGCAGAAGGUGUUCCUACAGCUGCCGUGGAGGAAGGGGCAGAAGGUGUUCCUACAGCUGCCGUGGAGGAAGGGGCAGAAGGUGUUCCUACAGCUGCCGUGGAGGAAGGGGCAGAAGGUGCUUCUAUGUCUGCCAUGGAGGAAAAACUCCCAGAAGAGAUGGAUGAGCCAAGCACAACAGGGCAAAGCAAAGGGCCCUCCUUUGUAGAGGAAAUGGUAUACCGUGUUUCCUCUGAGAAGAUUGCCAUGGGCAGAAUUCCUUCCAGGUUGUAUGGUGAGGAGCUCGCAGGGAUCUCUUCUGUAUCUUCCGCAGCCAGCAGCCGGCAAUCUGAUUUACCCCCACCAGUGGAGGUGCAAAAGAAGCCAGCCGCCUUCCCUCCCUAUUCUGAAUCGUCUCUUCACCUGAUGACUCCGCAGUUCAGUAGAAGUGGCCCCUUGAAUGAGAGUGAAAUAUCGUGUUUGGUUGAGAGGGAUGAUGAAGGAAGUGAAGAGGCAGAGGAGGAAAUGCAGCUAGUCGUGCUGGACCCCGAGCAUCCUCUGAUGAAGAGAUUCCAAACUGCCCUAAAGACCUACCUCAGUAAACAGAUUGAGAAGCUGAUGGAGGAGCUCCGUGAGAUGGCAGUUCUCACGAAGAACAGGAAGACGGAGAGAGAGGAACUCGGUGUGACUCUGUAUGGAGUCCAACAGCAGUUGGCCCAGCUGCAAAUGGACCUGGAGAAGAACCACAGUUGUCAUGCUCAGAUUGCCAUGGUUCGCCGGCAGCUAGAGGAAGAGUUACAAGACCUGAGGAACAUGUACAAGAAGACAUGCCAGAGCACUGAGGAGGAACGCAAGAAAGUUUCAGCCAUGCAGGCAGAGAUGGAAAAUUUGUCUCUGCGCCUGUUCUACAUGCAGAACAUGGACCAAGAUGUCCGCGAUGAUAUUGCUGUGAUGAAGCGAACAGUGAAGAAGGCUGAGGUGGAGAGGAUGCGUGCAGAGGUGGAAAAGCAAAAACAGGACCUUCAUGUGGACCGCUUAACAAGGACAGCCAAUGCGUUUCAGGAGCAGAUUGCUUUAUAUGAAUCACAAUACAUAGCCCAGGCUGAAGACACCAGAAUCACACGGAAAGAUGUGGCAGAGGCAUGUACAGAAAUACAGUCUAUAAACCUGGAGAAGAAGCAGCUGCUGCAUCAGUGGGCUGCCAGCUUGACUGGGAUGAAGCGGCGUGAUGAGGCAUAUGCAGCCAUGCAGGAAGCGCUAAGAGAAACCAGGCACAAGCUCAAGUCUUUAGAGGUUGAGAUUGAAGCCUACAAGAAGUCCAUCUCCAAGGAAGAAGAGAGGAACGAGCUGUUGGCCUCUCUCUUGAACCGCUCAGAGAAUGAUGGGAACACUAGCAGGAAACUGAUAGCUCAGAGCCUAGCUAAACAGGAGGCCAUGAAAGUGGAACUUGGCACCUACACUCGGACCCUGCAGCAGACAGAGCAAGCCCUCAAUUGCACGAAUGGGGAUCGAGCUGCUCGCUUGAAUGACUUGGCUACCCUUUGCAGAGAGAUAGAGAAGGGAACGCAAAUUAAGCAGGACCUGGAGAACAACAUUAUGGUCAAGCUGCAGGAUCAGCUGAUGUCUAACAAAGCAGCAAAAUACUUUCUGCAGCUGUCUGCUAAGCUUCAAAACAGAAUGCUGGAUUUGGAUAUGCAGUUCACCAAAAUAGAGAAUGAUACAGCUCAAACUUCACUGGAUCUCACAAACACCAACUGCAGACUGAAUCGGCUUCAGAAGAAUCUUGCCGAGCUGAACAAGGAGAUGGAUGACAUGAAUGGGCAGAUCAACCACAGCGAGUCCGAGAUCGCCAGGCACAACCUCCUGAUUGGGCGCAAACAAGGAAUAAUCAACCUGCACAACAAGAAAUUGGAAACGAUGAUUUCCCAGCUGGGGGGACAAGAGCUGGGGCCUCUGGAACUUGAAAUCAAGAAACUGAGCAAGCAGAUAGAUGAAACGGACUCAGAUAUAGUGAAAAGACAGAGGUUUUGGCUGAACCAGCAGAGGGAGUUAGUGAAGCUGAGUAAAGAGCGAGAAGAGCAGCUGGCGUCCCUGGAUAUGUUGAAGAAAGAGAUCACAAUCAAGGAACAAAAGAAAGUGCGCAUAGAGAAUGAAAUCCAGCAGGAUAAAAAUGAACUCAAAGACAUUGAGCGUCACAUGAAGAACAUGGCCAAUGAUUUGGAGAAACUACAUAUGUUGAUCAAUAAGAACAGUGCAAGCUCCGAGGAGUUGCAGCAGGGCAACACUAUUAUGGAGAAUGAGUUUGUUCGCACUCUCAAGGGAGCUGAGAGGGAAUCAAUUGAAUUACAAGAGAAGUUGGACCAACUCCUUGAGGAAAAAGAGAGGCUCAUCAACAGCUUAGUGGAGACAGAGUGUCAGAUGAUGCAAUGGGAGAAGAAGAUACAGAUCGCCAAAGAGAUGCGUGCUGCUGUGGACUCUGAGAGUGGGCUGGGUGAGAUCCAGGCCAUGAAGUCUGAAAUUCACAGGAUGCAGGUGAGGUAUGACCAGCUGAAAAAGCAGCAGGAGAAGAUGAUUCGAGAUAUGGAGGCAGCUGUUGCCCGCCGAGAGACCAUUGUGAUUCGCGGUGAGAACCAGAACAGGAGUAAUAAACAAGUGCUCACAAAAGGCGACUUCUAUUACAAGAAGCAGGAGAUGAAGAAAAAAAUCAGAGAGACCCAGAAGAAUGCCGCGGAUUGCAACCGCAUCAUAAUUGAGCUCGAGGGUUCUCAGAAAAAACUCAGCAAUGCUCUUCUGGAGAAGCAAAAACAAGUUUCGAGCUUGAAUGCUGAAAAUGACGACUUGGAAAUGGAAAUUGAUCAUCUGCAGGCAAAAAAACUACAGAACCUUUCAGAUACCGUGGGCAAUCAGGGACGUGUGAAGCACAUGCAGUUAGCGAAGGAAGGGAAGUACCAUCCAAUGUGCCGCACUGAGCUGAUGAUACGGAUCGAACGGCAGAAGGUGGAAAGCCGACUGCACGGUAUUAACAUCAUCGUCCAUCAAAUCCUGCAGGAGUAUCCCCAGCAUCACAAGUUGUUGCAGAGACUCAGUCAAGUUCUGCAUUCCCGGAUGGGUACACAAACAGCAGUGUAGCAGAGGGCAGCGAACCAGAAUUGAAACUUUUUCAUUUUGAAAAUGUUGCGAAUAAAAAUACA